CCUGCAAGUAAUUUCUCCUUGAUCGUACAUUGACAGCUCAUCAUAUCCAGGCCGCUAGACUCGGCAUUUGAUAGGAUUCAUUUUACACCCAGAACAGUUUCUAUCAGGACCUUGUUCCGAAAGAGUAAACAAUAGCAUUGCUCUCUGAAAGUCUCUCUUAUAGGAUGGCAACAUCACACUGGUCCCAUUCUUUUAUCUUUCUUCUCAUAUUUUACUUAUGUCUGUGGACAAAUGUGGAUGGGCAGGAAGCAAAGCCCGGCAUACUGGAUGGUGGAAUGACCUUUGCGCACAAAACCCAAGCAGAAAAAUCAGCGAGGGAAGGCUGCGAUGUUCCGAUGGCCCCCAUGAAGUCCUCACUCAUGAUCGAGACGCCAAAAGCUGAGCCGGUCCCGUCGGCGAAGGAGAACCCGGUUUCUGAGAAGACGAACAGGUCCCGUGAACCAGAAGAGAUUCAUCGAAACCCUGCACAAUUAGAUACGUCCGAAAAUCGGAAAAGAAGGCCGAGAAGGACCGGGUUUUUGGCCUGGACUCGCCAUCACCUCAAUCGUCUUUGGAACUGGCUUUGUCGUCUCUUCAACAAAUCUACUUCAAAAGACAAACGAACAGAAAAGUGGGCUCCACAAGCUGAUCACGAGAUGCUCCAAAAUCAAAAAUCGGAUACACUAGAAAACAUCCAUGAAAAUGGUCCAGCCCCGCCAGAUGGAGCUAAUCUAGAGAAUGCCUCUGCUGGUCACGCAGCUCAAGUAUCAACUGGAGAAGCUCAUUCAGAAGGGGAUGGCUCUGAGACAGUUACUCCUGGUCCUGGAAAAGUGAAACCUGAUCCUGGAAAAAACCAACCUGGUCCUCAAAAAACUCCACCAGAAUCAGAUCCUCCAAAAGUGGAGCAUCAUGUUGAACAUGUAAAGAAUGAUCCAGAGAAAGCUAAAAAAAUUGGGAUUUCACUAAAUGCGGAAAGGCUUGCACUUACGAAAACUGUGAUGGACUUAUUAUUUGAAGCCAUCCGACAUGGGAUUGAUAGCAAAACAGCAAUCCUUAGUUCGAUAGACCCGAUUGUCAGGGAAAUGGGCUUUAUCAAAAAGCGGAUGGUCCCCAAGGGCUGCGCAAGAUUGUGUAAAAAAAUCGAAGAAAACAUUGGGCGUCAAAAAGCACUGAUCAGGGAGAUUAUUGGGACUGAUCAUCAUAGAUCCUGGGCACAGUUGAUGCAAGACACAAACAAGUCUGCCCAAUUCGAAGACGCUUUUGUCUCGACAUUCAGAGAAUGUGACGGGUUCAUCAAAUCACUUCAAGACUGGAAAUAUCAUAAUGAAAGCCCCAAACGUUUUCUUCUUCACAUUGAGGAAUACACUAGUAAGCUAAGGGCAAAAGCCCCAUAGUGUCCAAAUUGAAAUCUUGUUAUGGGAAUCCUAAUACAACGAUUGUAUAAAAGGUUCCUAUAUCCAUGAUUGAUUGGUGUUCAUUUUUCUUCUUGGGGAUGAUCCCAGCUGUUGAUUCUUAUGCAAACUGGCCUCAAUCAGGUGCAUUUCAAUUCAAGAGUUUAGUUUUUGUCAUUUUUUUUCACUCAUAUGUCCCUCAUGAUUUAUGCCAUCAUUUCUCUUCCCAACUGUAAUGUAUUUCUCCCCUUAAACUCUUUUAUCAUCCUCAAUCUCAUUCAUAUAUUUUUUUCUUGCAAAUCAAACAAAUACAAAUCCCCACAAAUCUCUUUACAAUAUUCUGUGUUGUUUCAAUAUACUAUGUUCCUACACUUUUAAUAACAAACUUAUUCUAGAAAAAUUGUGAAAUUGAAUCAAGAUCAUCC